AUGAUACCUCGGCGGCUCCCUCGCCGCGAGCGACUGAUAGUACUCGUCGCAGUCGCCCUUAUAAUCACCUACUUUUCUUUUUCACCCCAAACAAUCACAGUUAUUAGCGAAUACACUUCGAACGCCAAUCUCGAUCCUUGGAAGCCGCCGAAACAUAGCGGUCCUGGUCUUAAAAUCGCAUUGGUGAAUACCCCAAGGUAUCAUUUCGAAGUAGUAACGCCGUUAUUGUAUGCGUUUGCCAACCAGGGAGAUGCAGUCGAGCAUUUGGAGUUAUUUGCGACGGAUUAUGGAAGCACACGGUUGGGAGUACGGCCGAUUCUAGACAAUCAGCUCCCUCAGGAGACCUCUUGGCUGUCGUGGGGUAGCAAGGGAGGGACGAAGAAGCAGAUUAAAGUGUCUGAUCCGAGAUUGUUGAGCCAGAUGAAUUUUGUAGCGGACGUGAUGAUUCUAACGAGUUGUUCGCGAGAUUUGGAAUGGACCUCAAUCAAGGAUAAGAGAGUUUACAACCCGGAGUGGUAUCGAGCGCCUAAGGAGAUCGUGUGCCUGCUGCACGAAGCCGAGGAGUGGGAAGCGAUUGAUACUAAUUGGAGAAAGUUUUUGAUGCCGUGGGUUGAGAAGGGUAGAGUUACCUUUAUGACGUUGAGCCCCCACGUGGCUGAGUAUGUAAGGCAGAAUAUCGAGACCAAAUGGAAGAUGGCACCUAUUCUCAGGGAUGCCCAGGGCAUCGGUAUUAAAGGAAUUUUCAUGAUGGAUCCAUUUAUUCCCAUUUUCGAGGACACCAAGCUUUUCCGAGAGGAAAUGUUUAACAACAUCACAGGCCCAUUCGCUGCUAUCCCGGGCAAAUACGAACCAUUCCGCCGUAACUACACGGCCAUCUUCGAACAUAUGUCCAAGCACCUUGAGUUAAUCCAGUCCACCGAUGCCACCCUCCGGCUUCCCGGCUAUGGUGACUGGCCUCCAAAUAUUCCUGAACAACUCAAGAACCGCGUUUUCUUACAUUCUCACUACGAUUUCCCAGAAUAUUUCUCUCUCUUAGCCCGCAGUAUGGCUAUACUCCCCGCCUUUGCGACACAUAAGUAUUUCGAAGAUCGAGCUUCGUCUACCAUUGCCACUAGCGUCAUUGCCGGAGUUCCACUCGUUGCUACCAAGGAACUUGUGGAGAAGUACGCGUAUAUCGAAGCUGACGGCGCAUGGCUACAGGAGGACGGAGAGGAGGAAAUUGAAACUUGGCUACGAGUUUUGAAACUAGGGAAGGAAGAAUGGGAGACUAGAAAGAGGAAGGUUAGGGCUCUCCGAACACGAUUAAUAAGGCAAAAUUUGAGGAACGUAGGGCAGUUGCUAGAUCAGAUUCGAUGGAGAAACAAAGCUCGUGGGUUCUAG